GCCUAAUAUCAGGCGUAAAUCGUAAUCUUGUUCAAUAAUGAAUUAAAAUCAGCACUUGAAUUAUAUUUUUUAAGAAAAACAAUUGUGGGCAGCAAAUUGUAGAAACAUAAUAUCGACAAGAUUAGAUAGUGCGUGAGCUGUCACUAGUCAUAUUUGGCAUUUUUUUUUAUCACGCAGAACAGGAUUUGCGACGAAAAAGUUAAGUUGUCAAUAGUUCUCUAGUACGAAGUUCAAGUGUAUUGAGAGUGACCGUGUUUUUGCUGUACCAAAAUGUUUUUUGUGACAAUAGUCGCAAUAUUUACUCUUAUUUUAUAUUUUUAUAAUACUAGAACAUUUAAAUACUGGAAAGAAAGAGGUGUUAAAUACGUAGAGCCAGUGCUAUUUUUUGGGACUUAUACAGAUGUGUAUCUAGAGAAGAAAAGUCGAAGUCAAGUAGCAGAAGAAAUUUACUGGAAGUAUCCGAACGAAAAAGUGGUGGGAGCAUUUAAAUCCACAACUCCUGAACUUAUCAUAAGAGAUCCCGAUUUGAUAAAACACGUUUUGAUUAACGACUUCCCAUCAUUUUAUUGUCGUGGUUUGAAUCACACCAAUGAUGUCGAAAUUUUUAGAAAACAUUUGUUUGCAAUAGAUGGAGAUUUAUGGCGAAUGCUUAGACAGAGAAUGACACCAGCGUUUACUAGCGGUAAGUUGAAAGCCAUGUUUCCGUUGAUUGUAGAACGGUGUGAGAAGUUGCAAUCAAGAACCCUCUCUGCUGUUACUGGCAACCGUGCACUCGAUGCUAGAGAACUGAUGGCUCGGUAUACCACUGACUUUAUCGGAGCAUGUGGUUUCGGGAUUAACUCGGACUCUUUAAAUGAUGAAAAUUCACCAUUUCGAAAACUCGGUGCCAACAUGUUCAAAGUAACAUUGAGAGAUUCAAUUGUUGCAGUGAUUAAAGAUGUAUUUCCAUACAGUGAGAAAUACUUGAAAACAUUUAAGAGAGUAGAACCAGAUAUUCUUAAUUUAGUAAAACGUAUACUCACUGAAAGAAACUAUAAACCAUGUGGGCGAAAUGACUUUAUUGACCUUAUGUUGGAGUAUCUCAAUAAACCUAUGGAAGCUGAAUCUAUAGAAAAAGUUGGUGAAAAUCCUAUACAUGUGAAGAUGAUUUUAAAUGAAAAACUAUUUGCUGCACAAGUGUUUGUAUUUUUCGGUGCCGGAUUUGAGACAUCAGCUUCUUCAACUAGUUUCACGUUACAUCAACUGGCGCUUAAUCCCGAUGUCCAAAAACGAGUACAAGAACAUAUCGAUCAAGUUUUGGCAAAACAUAAUAAUAAACUUUCUUACGAAGCUGUAAAAGAAAUGACUUACCUCGAGUGGACUUUUAAAGAAGGACUUCGUAUGUUUCCCUCUCUCGGCUUUCUUAUGCGAAGGAGUACAAGAAAGUAUAAAUUCGAAGAAAUAAAUUUGGAUAUUGAUAAACGUGUUAAUAUUAUCAUCCCUGUGCAGGCCUUGCAUAUGGAUUCUAAAUAUUGGGAUGAUCCUGAGGAGUUCAGACCUGAAAGAUUUCAUCCAGAUAACUUUGGAGCGGCACAAAAAAUGGUGUAUUUCCCAUUUGGAGAUGGACCUCGGAAUUGCAUUGGUAGUCGCCUUGGCUUAAUGCAGUCAAUGGCUGGACUGGCUGCUAUUCUCUCCAAGUUCACAGUUGAACCUGCAUCCGAGACUGUACGUUACCCAAAAGUAGAACCUAAAUCUAACGUCGUUCAAAGUAUUAGAGGGGGUUUGCCUUUAAUGUUUCAUGAGAGGAAACAAGUAUAAGAUGAAGAAACAUUGAGAGAAAAUUCAUUGAACACUACAUUUGCCAUUUAUUUAUUUUAAAUGCGCUCUCAUUUUAAUCAAAAAUAAUUAUUUUUAAAAAUAUAAUAUGACACUCACA